AUGGCAGUGCAUAACACUCUAAGUAGUAAUGAAAUAUGCGGCUAUGCUAGUGCUGGUACAGGUUUCAAAAAAGAAAACAUUACUGUGGUUAUCGGUUUCAAUUUUGAUAGUGCGGCUAUGCUAGUGCUGUGCGGCUAUGCUAGUGCUGGUACAGGUUUCAAAAAAGAAAACAUUACUGUGGUUAUCGGUUUCAAUUUUGAUAGUGCGGCUAAGCUAGUGCUGGUACAGGUUUCAAAAAAGAAAACAUUACUGUGUGCGGCGAAGCUAGUACUGGUACAGGUUUCAAAGAAAGAAAAUGAUACUGUGGUUAUCAGUUUCAAUUUGGAUAGUGUGGCGAAUCUAGUGCUUGUACAGGUCUCAAAGAAGAAGCUGUUGUGUGGCGAAGCUAGUGUUGGUACAGGUUUCAAAAAAGAAAACAUUACUGUUGGGAUUACCGUCGACUUUGAAGGCGAUCUAUUUGCUACCCUCAAUAUGGCAGAGAACCCAGUGCACAGAUUCAUUGCUACAUUUGUGGUAAUGUUCGCUUCCUGCUAUGUGGUCAACAAGGGCACUGUUUUCUUGAUCGAGUUCAUCAACAAGCUCUAA